CUCCAGGCCGCCGGGUGGCGCUGCGGGGACGAGCAGCAGCAAAUAAACAAGCGUGGUAGAAACCAACAUGUCUGCGCCCUGAAGGGUAGCAACGCGAACGGCGACCAACGUUAGCGUAACCAGGCAGAGGCUCUCCAUCUCCAAGAUGUCCAAGAUCUCCAGGACAGCCAAGGCUGUGAAGAAGGUGGAUCCAGGCGGUGUGAUCCGGGCUAUCGUGAGGUCAGGACAAGCGGCUCCCGGCCCCCCGCUGGGCCCCAUCCUGGGACAGAGAGGCAUCCCCAUCGGCCAGUUCUGCAAGGACUUCAAUGAGAGAACCAAGGAGCUGAAGGAGGGCAUCCCUCUUCCGAUCAGGAUCAACGUGAAGCCCGACAGGACCUACGACCUUCACAUCGGCCAGCCCACGGUCUCCUACUUCCUCAAGCAAGCAGCCGGCAUCGCUAAAGGAGCGGGAAAGACAGGCCACGAAACAGCCGGGAUGGUGACGGUGAGAGCCGUGUACGAAAUCGCUCAGGUCAAAGGCCAGGACGAGUGCUUCAAAGUGAGGAACACGUCCAUGGAGAACGUGGUCAAGAGCAUCAUCGGAUCGGCCAAGUCGCUCGGCAUCAAGAUCGUCAAAGACCUCUCGGCAGACGAGUACAGAGUGUUCCUGGAGGAGAGGGAGGAGAAGUUGAAAGCCGACGCGGAGGCGGCAGCAGCGGCCGCAGCCGAAGCCGCCGGAAGCAAGAAGAGAUGAAGGCUGGAGUUCUUCAACAGUGUUGUAUGGGACUCUCCGUGGUGGCGCGUUACUGACACCUGGUGGUGAGGCCAAGUCCUGCACCACUUGCUAAUUCCUGGACUUGUUUCUUCCGUGGAAUAAACACUUCCGU